AUGUUGGCUGGUUUCAACCGUGUUCGGCCCGACUAUGUGGUAAAAUGGAAUAAUUGGAUUCCUAAGAAGGUUGGCAUGGUAGCAUGGCGUGCUUUAAAGGAACGGUUGCCGACUAGAGUAGCACUCCAAAGGAGAGGCGUCACGGUGCAGAAUUUGGACUGCAUCUUAUGCAGCGAUUUUUGUGAAACUAGCGAUUAUCUGUUCGUUUCGUGUGUGCAAAACGAUUUAAUGUUUGCCGGGAAAACAAAAUCCAUUGCGAAUGUCGUGGAGGAGAUUAAGGCGAAAAGCUUCGUAUGGGUUAAGUACCGUUCGAAGGAGGUGAACAUGUCAUGGGAUCAAUGGAGAAUUUUUGAUGUUUUUUGA